GUUUAAGAAAUUGUCGUUGGAAGAGUUUAGCAAAGUACAAUUUAAUGUGUUCCCCACGUAUUUCAAGUUCCAAAUUGUCUCGCCCUUGAUUUUGGGCCUCUUGUCUCCUUACAAGUAUUGUCCAUUCACUCUUGGUGCUUUAGUUGCUUCAUCAAUUUCUGGUUUGAUCAACUUGGUGUUUGUCGAGCCAGCUUGCCAUCUGAUUAAGGAGGAAAGAAUAAAAUUGACUGCUAUUAAUAAGGACAAGAAGGAGAAUGGUGAAUUGAGUGACGAAAUGCAAGCUUUGAACAAGAAAUUUGGCAGAUGGCACGGAUUGAGUCUUUUGGCUAAUCUCGUUUCUAUCUUUUCCCUUGGUGCAUAUGGAUUGGCCCUGGCAAAAGCAUUGAGCAGACUUCCCUAUUAA